UUGCUUUUUAACUGCAUUAAAAAUUGUUCACGUACCCUAAACAGCAUGCUUAAAGAGACAAGAGAUGAUUAAAAUAGGAUUAUUAGGACAUAGAAAAGUUUAGAUUAGAGACAGAAAACUAUGUUAAACAAAUGGGUUUUCUGUGGUAUAGUGAGGGAGUGAGGGAGAGAAGAAGAAGGGAGAGGCACAUGGCAUGUGAGGAACAGCUGUGUCCACUCCUCCCCACUUGAUAAAUACCCUUCUAAUCUGCCUUACUCCGUCUUUUGACUCUCCUUCUUCUUCUUCUUCUUCCUCUACUGCUAUUCUUGUUUCUCUCUCUACCCGCAAAAUAAAAGCAAAAGAAACAAGAUUUCUCUCUCUAGAAAAACAGAGCUUGCAGCUCUUUUUCCUAAUGGCAGCUCUCAGACCCUAAAAACGCCUUCUCUUUUGCUCUUUCUUUUCUCUAUCUAUCUUUUCUGAGUACCCAUUCGGACAAAAAUGAAAACCCGUUUCUCUCUUUUGCUUAUUUCUUUCACCUUUCUCUCUCUGCACCUGCAACUACAAGUAGCACCACAGCCUUUUACCUCCGUAAACAGAGAUACCCAGAAUCUUAUCAACUUCAAGAACGCUCUACCCGACCCAAAUAUCCUUAAAAACUGGCUUCCUAACCAAAACCCAUGUAGCUUCACUGGAGUUAAAUGCCAAGAAACUAACAGAGUUUCUUCUGUGGACCUUUCUAGUAUAUCUGUAAGCACUGAUUUUCGCACCUUAGCUGCAUUUCUUUUGAGUCUUGAUAAGCUUGAGAGCCUUUCUUUAAAAAUGAGUAACAUUACAGGCUUCAUUUCUCUCCCUUCUGGAUCUAAGUGCAGCUCGGUUUUGAGCAACUUAGAUCUAUCUGAAAAUGGUUUGUCAGGUCCUGUCUCUGAUAUAGCUGGGUUGGUAAGCUUCUGUCCAUCCUUGAAAUCCUUGAAUCUUUCUACCAACUUGCUUGAUUUUUCUAUAAAAGAGAAAUCUUUUAAUGGGUUAAAGCUUGGCUUGGAGAUUCUUGAUAUUUCUUUCAAUAAGAUUUCAGGCUCAAACGUAGUACCUUUUAUCUUAUCUGGCGGCUGCAAUGAGUUGGUAUACUUGGCUUUGAAAGGAAAUAAAGUUAGUGGGGAUUUGGAUGUUUCUACUUGCAAGAAUCUGCAGUUUCUUGAUGUCUCUUCAAAUAAUUUCAAUAUUAGCAUCCCCUCAUUUGGUGAUUGUUUGGCUUUGGAGCAUCUAGAUAUCUCUUCUAAUGAGUUUUAUGGUGAUCUUGCUCAUGCAAUUAGUGACUGUGCUAAGCUCAACUUCUUGAAUGUGUCAGCCAAUGACUUUUCUGGUGAGGUUCCUGUGCUUCCAACUGGGAGUUUGCAGUAUGUUUAUCUGGCGGGCAACCAUUUUCAUGGGGAAAUUCCUCUGCAUCUCAUAGAUGCUUGUCCAGGUCUUAUUCAGCUUGAUCUUUCUUCAAAUAAUCUUUCUGGUUCUAUUCCUAGUAGUUUUGCUGCUUGCACUUCAUUGCAGUCUUUUGAUAUAUCUAUCAACAACUUCGCUGGUGAAUUGCCCAUAAAUACAAUCUUUAAAAUGAGUAGCUUGAAGAAUCUUGAUUUUUCAUAUAAUUUUUUCAUUGGUGGUUUGCCUGAUUCUUUCUCAAAUCUCACCAGUUUGGAGAUUUUAGAUCUAAGUUCUAAUAAUUUAUCUGGUCCAAUCCCUAGUGGUUUGUGUAAAGAUCCAAAUAGCAACUUGAAAGAAUUGUUUCUUCAGAACAAUUUGUUUACUGGGUCUAUUCCUGCUACUCUGAGCAACUGCUCUCAACUUACUUCACUACAUUUGAGCUUCAAUUACCUCACCGGCACAAUUCCUUCCAGCUUCGGUUCACUCUCUAAGCUUCGCGAUUUGAAGCUUUGGUUCAAUCUGCUCCAUGGAGAAAUUCCACCAGAGAUAACCAACAUCCAAACACUAGAGACUUUGAUUCUUGAUUUCAAUGAGUUGACGGGAGUCAUACCUUCUGGUAUAAGCAAUUGCUCUAAGCUCAACUGGAUCUCCUUAUCUAACAACCGGUUGACUGGUGAGAUUCCAGCAUCAAUUGGACAACUUUCAAAUCUUGCCAUUCUUAAACUAAGCAACAAUUCAUUUUAUGGAAGAAUCCCACCAGAGCUUGGCGACUGUAGUAGUUUGAUUUGGUUGGAUCUUAAUACCAAUUUCUUGAAUGGAACAAUCCCACCUGAGCUGUUCAAACAGUCUGGCAAUAUUGCUGUAAAUUUUAUCACUGGAAAGAGAUAUGUCUAUCUUCGGAAUAACAAGAGCGAACGGUGCCAUGGAGAAGGAAAUUUGCUCGAGUUUGCUGGAAUUAGGUCAGAGCAGCUGGACAGAAUCUCCACCAGGCACCCUUGUGCCUUCACUAGAGUAUAUGGAGGACACACACAACCUACAUUCAAGGAUAAUGGUUCAAUGAUAUUUCUUGAUCUUUCAUACAAUAAAUUGUCUGGCUGCAUUCCAAAGGAGAUGGGGACUAUGUUAUAUCUCUAUAUCUUGAAUUUGGGGCACAAUAAUAUCACUGGAAGCAUUCCACAAGAGCUUGGAAACUUGGAUGGUCUUAUGAUUCUUAACCUCUCUAACAAUAAGCUGGAAGGAAUGAUUCCUAAUUCCAUGACUCGCCUUUCGUUGCUUACAGCGAUUGAUAUGUCCAACAAUGAGCUCAGUGGAAUGAUUCCUGAAAUGGGUCAGUUUGAAACAUUCCAAGCUGCCAGUUUUGCCAACAAUACAGGCCUCUGCGGUAUACCGCUUCCGCCAUGUGGAUCGGGAUUAGGCCCUAGCUCAAAUUCUCAGCAUCAGAAGUCCCAUAGGAGACAAGCAUCUCUAGUAGGGAGUGUGGCAAUGGGGUUGCUGUUCUCACUUUUUUGCAUCUUUGCACUGAUUAUAGUUGCCAUAGAAACGAAGAAAAGAAGGAAAAAGAAGGAAUCAGUCCUUGAUGUCUACAUGGACAACAACUCCCACUCGGGGCCAACAAGUACCAGCUGGAAGUUAACUGGUGCACGUGAAGCAUUGAGUAUCAACCUUGCCACCUUUGAGAAGCCAUUGCGGAAACUCACUUUUGCAGAUCUUCUUGAAGCCACAAAUGGAUUCCACAAUGACAGCCUUAUAGGCUCUGGAGGUUUUGGUGAUGUGUACAAGGCUCAACUGAAAGAUGGAAGCAUUGUAGCCAUCAAGAAAUUGAUACACAUUAGUGGACAGGGUGAUAGGGAAUUCACUGCUGAAAUGGAAACCAUUGGGAAAAUCAAGCACAGGAACCUUGUUCCCCUUCUUGGAUAUUGCAAGGUUGGGGAAGAGAGGCUCUUGGUGUAUGAGUACAUGAAGCAUGGAAGUUUAGAAGACGUUCUGCAUGACCCAAAAAAAUCCGGGAUCAAGUUGAACUGGUCUGCCAGGAGAAAGAUAGCGAUUGGAGCUGCCAGGGGAUUGGCAUUUCUUCAUCAUAAUUGCAUACCACACAUCAUUCACAGGGACAUGAAAUCAAGCAAUGUCUUGCUUGAUGAGAACUUGGAGGCCAGAGUAUCUGAUUUUGGAAUGGCAAGACUCAUGAAUGCAGUGGAUACACAUUUGAGUGUUAGCACAUUGGCAGGCACACCUGGCUAUGUUCCUCCUGAAUAUUAUCAAAGCUUUAGAUGUUCUACCAAAGGUGAUGUCUACAGUUAUGGUGUAGUUUUGUUAGAGUUGCUAACAGGAAAGAGGCCGACAGAUUCAGCUGAUUUUGGUGACAACAAUCUUGUGGGGUGGGUGAAGCAGCACGCAAAACUGAAAAUAACCGAUGUAUUCGAUCCAGUACUCAUGAAAGAAGAUCCAAAUCUCAAGAUUGAGCUUUUGCGACACUUAGACGUGGCGUGCGCUUGUUUGGACGAUCGGCCUUGGAGACGACCUACAAUGAUUCAAGUGAUGGCAAUGUUUAAAGAAAUACAAGCAGGGUCAGGACUGGACUCACAAUCCACAAUAACCACCGAAGAAGAUGGCUUUAGUGCAGUUCAAAUGGUAGAGAUGAGCAUAAAAGAAGAUCCUGAAAAGCAGUAGUAGGUAAAACAAAGUCAGCCAGUCAAGUCAAGAACCAAUUUUCCAAGUGAAUUCUUCCAAAGAAAGAAGAAACAAGAAAGGUGGUGGUGGUGAUGAUGAUGAUGAUGAUGAUGAUUCUGCUGCCACUAUAAAUCUUCCAUCUUCUUUGACCACUCGAAAAUGGCACCCCCCAGAAAAGAAAAAAAGUCCUUGUCUUUGUAUCUCUACCAUUUAAUGUAUGUAUCAUGCACCCUCUUCCCCCCCACUCUCCUGCAAAACUCUCUGUUAUUUCAUACAUAAAAAAAAAGGUUGUUUCAACUCUGUUAUAAACGUGUAAAUACACAGUUUUCAGUUGCUGUCA